AUGUCUGAACAAAACACCUCUAAUAAUCCACUUAUAAAUGCAUUUCUACCAGAAGAAAGAAAGGCAGUUGGAGAACUUAAAGAAUUACUUCCUGAAAUUAUAAAAGAAUCAGGAGUUUCAGAAAAUUAUGUUCUUUGGGGUAUUUCUUUAAAUAAAGAAUCAACAGACGAAAGACUUGAUGUUAUUCUUGUAAAAUUCUUAAGGGCAAGAAACCUUGAUGUAAAUCAAGCCAAAGAAAUGUUAACAAAAUCUCUCAAAUGGCGAAUUAAAUUUCAAACAGAUUCAAUACUUACAGAAACUUUUCCUGAAUCGAUAUUUAAGAAAGUUGGGUUUAUUCAUAAAACCGAUAAACAGAAUCGACCAGUAACUUAUAAUCUUUAUGGUGGAAUUGAUAACCAAGAAGUUUUUGGAAAUUUAGAACGAUUUUUGAGAUGGAGAAUUCAAUUAAUGGAGAAAGGAGUUCAAUUAGUGGAUUUCGUGAACUUGGAUCAAAUUAUUCAAGUUCAUGAUUAUAAAUUAGUUUCGUUUACAAGUUAUGAUGCAACUGUUAAAACUGCUAGUAAAAAUGUAACUCAAAUUUUGCAAGAUAAUUAUCCUGAAUUUCUGGCAGUAAAAUUCUUUAUCAAUACUCCUUGGUGGGGAGAUUAUGUCUUUAAAUUCAUUUCCAUUUUUUUAUCUGAACAAACUAAAAAGAAGUUCAUUGUUACUUCAAGUAGUGGUGUGAAAGAUCAUUUAUCUAGUUUUAUUGAUGAGGAUAAUUUACCUACUUUUUAUGGAGGUAAAAGUAAAGUACCAGAUAUGGAAGAUUAA